CCCUUUCCCGUGGAAUCUUGGCCGGAUCCAGUUCGCUUCCCUCCGGUCUCCACAUUUUCCCUUCCAGCCCUCCACUUCUCUGGAUCAAUGGGUAGUACGGCUCCAACUCCCAGCUCACACGCCGCUGGCGGACACCCCGGUAACAAGUGAAAGCGCUCCGCCCCGCAGCCCCCCGCCUCUCCUCCCUAGGUCCCCGCGGGCUCUCGGAGGAAAGACGAACAGCCUCCCCUGGUCUCCAGCGCGGAUUUUUCUCUUCAACUUGACCCAGCCGCGGACCGGGAACCAGCCUCAACCUUUGGAUGCACAGCCCAACCACAAGAUUGCUUUCCGUCUCCUCUUGGUCCUUCCUGGAUAUUCUGUUUAUUGAUGACUUGCAAGCCCCGCGGAGAGCUGUCUUCCCUCCUCUUGCUCUCUCUGUUUCCUUGAGUUAGUUUUCCAAGGUUUUACCAAGGCUUCGGAUCUCUUGGACCGAAUGGAACUUUUUGCUGCCUCUUUUUGCUGCUGAUUCUGUCAGUGGACGAGAAAAAAGGCUUCGGAGACAGAAGAGGCGCAGGGGAGGUGGAGGAAGAGGACGAGGAGGAGGAGGAGGAAGCCAAGGGGCUAGGCGCGUGUGUGUGCAUGUGUGCAUGCGUGUGUGAGUGCAUGUGUGUGAGUGCCGCCGCUGCCCAGGACCCCCGGCCCCGAAGGUGCUGGCUGAAAUAUGGAGAAUAGUCUUGGAUGUGUUUGGGUACCCAAGCUGGCUUUUGUACUCUUCGGAGCUACCCUGCUCAGCGCACAUCUUCAAGUCACCGGUUUCCAGAUUAAGUCCUUCACGUCACUGCGCUUCCUGUCAGAACCUUCUGAUGCCGUCACCAUGCGGGGAGGCAGUGUCCUCCUGAACUGCUCUGCAGAGUCCGACCGAGGAGUCCCAGUUAUAAAGUGGAAGAAGGAUGGCAUCCACCUCGCCUUGGGAAUGGAUGAAAGGAAGCAGCAACUUCCCAAUGGGUCUCUGUUGAUACAGAACAUACUUCACUCCAGGCACCACAAGCCAGAUGAAGGACUUUACCAAUGUGAGGCAUCUUUAGGAGAUUCUGGGUCAAUUAUUAGCCGGACAGCAAAAGUUGCAGUGGCAGGACCCCUGAGGUUCCUCUCCCAGACAGAAUCUGUCACUGCCUUCAUGGGCGACACAGUGCUUCUCAAGUGUGAAGUCAUUGGGGAGCCGAUGCCAACAAUACACUGGCAGAAAAACCAGCAAGACCUGACUCCCGUCCCGGGUGACUCCCGCCUGGUGGUCCUGCCCUCCGGAGCCUUGCAGAUCAGCAGACUCCAGCCGGGAGACACUGGAAUCUACCGUUGCGUAGCCCGGAACCCAGCCAGCUCGAGAACAGGCAACGAGGCGGAAGUCAGACUCUUGUCAGAUCCAGGACUGCAUAGACAGCUAUAUUUUUUGCAAAGACCAUCAAAUGUAGUAGCCAUUGAAGGAAAAGAUGCUAUCCUGGAAUGUUGUGUUUCUGGCUAUCCUCCCCCGAGUUUUACAUGGUUACGAGGAGAGGAAGUCAUCCAACUCAGGUCCAGAAAGUAUUCUUUAUUGGGUGGAAGCAACUUACUCAUCUCCAAUGUGACAGAUGAUGACAGUGGAACUUACACCUGUGUUGUCACAUAUAAAAAUGAGAAUGUCAGUGCCUCUGCCGAGCUCACAGUCUUGGUUCCGCCAUGGUUUUUAAAUCAUCCCUCCAACCUCUAUGCCUAUGAAAGCAUGGAUAUUGAGUUUGAAUGUGCAGUCUCUGGGAAGCCUGUGCCCACUGUGAAUUGGAUGAAGAAUGGAGAUGUGGUCAUUCCUAGUGAUUAUUUUCAGAUAGUGGGAGGAAGCAACUUACGCAUCCUUGGGGUGGUGAAGUCGGAUGAAGGCUUUUAUCAGUGUGUGGCUGAAAAUGAAGCUGGAAAUGCCCAGACCAGUGCACAGCUCAUUGUCCCUAAGCCUGCCAUGCUAAGCUCCAGCAUCCUGCCUUCUGCCCCCAGAGAUGUGGUCCCUGUCUUGGUUUCCAGUCGGUUUGUCCGUCUCAGCUGGCGCCCACCUGCAGAAGCAAAAGGGAACAUUCAAACCUUCACAGUCUUUUUCUCCAGAGAGGGUGACAACAGGGAACGAGCAUUGAAUACAUCCCAGCCUGGGUCCCUUCAGUUUACUGUGGGAAACCUGAAGCCAGAAGCCAUGUACACCUUCCGAGUUGUGGCCUACAAUGAGUGGGGGCCAGGGGAGAGCUCUCAGCCCAUCAAAGUGGCCACGCAGCCUGAGUUGCAAGUUCCAGGGCCAGUGGAAAACCUGCAAGCUGUAUCUACCUCACCUACCUCAAUUCUUAUUACCUGGGAACCCCCUGCCUAUGCAAAUGGUCCAGUCCAAGGUUACAGACUGUUCUGCACUGAGGUGUCCACGGGGAAGGAACAGAAUAUAGAGGUUGAUGGACUAUCAUAUAAGCUGGAAGGCCUGAAAAAAUUUACGGAAUAUAGUCUUCGAUUUCUAGCUUAUAAUCGUUACGGGCCGGGAGUGUCUACCGAUGAUGUAACUGUGGUCACGCUGUCUGAUGUGCCAAGUGCCCCGCCUCAGAACAUCUCCCUGGAAGUGGUUAACUCGAGGAGUAUCAAAGUAAGCUGGCUGCCCCCUCCACCAGGAACACAAAAUGGAUUUAUUACCGGCUAUAAAAUUCGACACAGAAAGACGACCCGUAGGGGCGAGAUGGAAACACUGGAGCCAAACAACCUCUGGUACCUGUUCACAGGACUGGAGAAAGGAAGUCAGUACAGUUUUCAAGUGUCAGCCAUGACAGUCAAUGGCACUGGACCACCUUCCAACUGGUACACAGCAGAGACUCCAGAGAAUGAUCUAGAUGAGUCUCAGGUCCCUGACCAGCCAAGCUCUCUUCACGUGAGGCCCCAGACCAACUGCAUCAUCAUGAGUUGGACUCCUCCCUUGAACCCAAACAUUGUGGUGCGAGGUUACAUUAUUGGUUAUGGCGUUGGGAGCCCUUAUGCCGAGACAGUACGUGUGGACAGUAAACAGCGAUAUUAUUCCAUUGAGAGGUUGGAGUCGAGUUCCCAUUAUGUAAUCUCCCUAAAAGCUUUUAACAACGCAGGGGAAGGCGUUCCUCUUUACGAAAGCGCUACCACCAGGUCUGUAACAGAUCCCACUGACCCAGUUGAUUAUUAUCCUUUGCUUGAUGAUUUCCCCACCUCGGUCCCAGAUGUCUCCACCCCCAUGCUCCCACCAGUAGGUGUACAGGCUGUGGCUCUUACCCACGAUGCCGUGAGGGUCAGCUGGGCAGACAACUCUGUCCCUAAGAACCAAAAAACGUCCGAAGUGCGACUUUACACUGUCCGGUGGAGGACCAGCUUUUCUGCAAAUGCGAAAUACAAGUCAGAAGACACAACAUCUCUUAGCUACACAGCAACAGGCCUCAAACCAAACACCAUGUAUGAGUUCUCGGUCAUGGUGACAAAAAACAGAAGGUCAAGCACAUGGAGCAUGACUGCGCAUGCCACCACGUAUGAAGCAGCCCCGACCUCUGCUCCCAAGGAUCUGACAGUCAUUACUCGAGAAGGGAAGCCUCGCACUGUCAUUGUGAGCUGGCAGCCUCCCUUGGAAGCCAAUGGGAAAAUUACCGCUUACAUCUUGUUUUAUACCUUGGACAAGAACAUACCAAUUGAUGACUGGGUUAUGGAAACGAUUAGUGGUGAUCGGCUUACUCAUCAAAUCAUGGAUCUCAACCUCGACACGUUGUAUUACUUUCGAAUCCAAGCACGAAAUGCAAAAGGAGUGGGGCCCCUCUCCGAUCCUAUCCUCUUCAGGACUCUGAAAGUGGAACACCCUGACAAAAUGGCUAAUGACCAAGGUCGCCAUGGAGAUGGAGGUUAUUGGCCAGUUGACACUAAUUUGAUUGAUAGAAGCACUCUUAAUGAGCCACCCAUCGGCCAGAUGCACCCCCCACAUGGCAGCGUCACUCCUCAGAAGAACAGCAACCUGCUUGUGAUUGUUGUGGUCACCGUUGGUGUCAUCACAGUGCUGGUGGUGGUGGUCGUGGCCAUGAUAUGCACCCGGCGCUCUUCGGCCCAGCAGAGAAAGAAACGGGCCACCCACAGUGUUGGCAAAAGGAAGGGCAGCCAGAAGGACCUCCGGCCGCCUGAUCUUUGGAUACACCAUGAAGAAAUGGAGAUGAAGAAUAUUGAGAAGCCAGCAAGCACUGACCCUGCAGGGAGGGACUCCCCCAUCCAGAGCUGCCAAGACCUCACACCAGUCAGUCACAGCCAGUCGGAAACCCAAAUGGGGAGCAAAACCACCUCUCAUUCAGGUCAAGACACAGAGGAAGCAGGAAGCUCCAUGUCUACUCUCGAGAGGUCACUGGCUGCACGCCGAGCCACUCGGGCAAAGCUCAUGAUCCCUAUGGAUGCCCAGUCCAACAAUCCUGCUGUUGUGAGUGCCAUCCCUGUGCCAACCCUAGAAAGUGCCCAGUACCCAGGAAUCCUUCCAUCGCCCACGUGUGGAUACCCCCACCCGCAGUUCAGCCUCCGGCCGGUGCCGUUCCCAACACUGUCAGUGGACCGAGGUUUCGGAGCAGGAAAAACGGUGAGUGAAGGACCAACCACCCAGCAGCCACCCAUGUUGCCCCCGGCGCAGGCUGAGCACCCCAGCAGCGAGGAGGCGCCCAGCAGAACCAUCCCCACGGCCUGCGUCCGACCGACUCACCCGCUCCGCAGCUUCGCUAACCCUUUGCUACCUCCACCAAUGAGUGCAAUAGAACCGAAAGUCCCUUACACACCGCUUCUGUCGCAGCCAGGGCCGACUCUUCCCAAGACUCACGUUAAAACAGCCUCUCUGGGGCUGGCGGGAAAGGCGAGAUCUCCUUUGCUUCCUGUGUCUGUGCCAACAGCCCCCGAAACGUCUGAGGACAGCCCCAAACCAGCAGAGGAUCCAGCCAGUGUAAGGCCGGCCCCGCAGGUCACGCCGCACCGCGGGACGCACCGCCACGCCACUCAGCCUAAGCCAGCCACACGCUCCAUUAGCCGCAAGCCCGUGUUGUUCUUAGCGUUUCGUUCUCCUGCAGCUGAGCAUGAAGGGGAAAAAAUGACAGCAAGGAUUUAGUUACAUAAAAAAAUCACUGGGACUUACAGGCAAUCUUAGAAAUACAAGUUGACAGCAUCAGAAUAUGUGACUUACAUAUAUAUAUAUAUAUCUAUGUUUAUAUGCGUGUGUGUUCCUAUCAGUGGGAUGAAACACCUUGGUGUACCUGAAGUAAAACUCCAGUAACCAGAGCUACACUCUGAGUUUUCUGAAGUUAUCAUAAAUCUCACUUUUAAAGUCAUAAAAUAGCCUAGAAAUAUAGAAUUGAGAAGAGGAAAAUACAAAAUGAAGACAUGAAGGAAGGAAUUUAAGAAGAAAGAACCAAUAUAUUAAAAUAAGAUGGGAAAGUUUAUUUAAUGAGAGAAAAAGUUUGCCAACUCAGGGAAGAAGCUAAAAAGUGGUCAAAUUAGAAAACUCAGAAAAUGAAUGGGGGGCAAAAAACCCCUGAAAUUUUGAGAGAGCAAACAUUCUCCCUCAAAAUGCAUUGUGAUGCAGAUUUUAAAAGAUUUUGCCUAAAAGCAGCAAUUCAGAAAACUCCAGAGCAUUUCUAAAUAUAAUUCAAGAGAAAAACAUUUAACAGGAGGCUGAGGAUCUAACGCAUAAGAUACCUUGAAAAAUCAGAGGACUGGUGGGAGGAGGGGAGAUGGAAAAACAGACUAGAAUUACUUCAUUUGAAAGAACAGUAAAUUUUUUCUUGAUUUUACUUGUUUUCAGUACUACAAACAAUAUUUUAACUACCUGGACACCAGCCAAUCGAGAUGUGUGUAUGGGUGUGAGUAUUUGGCAGAAGUAUGUUAUUUAAUUCACAUACUUCUGUAUACUUAAAAGAUUCACAUUUAUAAGGAUCUAAUGCACUACUUGGUUAGGAGUAUAGCCAUUUACAUAAUACAUAUCUCAUAAGGAAUCACAUCAGGUGGCCCAUUUUUGCAUUUAAGUUUGACUCUGAGGCAUGGCAGCCAAAGGUAUAAUACGAAGAGUAGUAAGAUUGUAUGUUAAAGGAAAUACAGAGAUGGGGCCAAUAAUCUAGAUCAUCAUAAUCCUAUAGAAAUAUAAUGGGAACCACACAUGUAAUGUAAAACUUUCUAGUACUAACUCCUAUAUAUGGUCCCACCAGAUAGCACAGGAAACUAUAUUCAGUACCUUCUAAUAGUCUAUAAUGAAAAAAUCUGGAAGGGAAUAUAUAUAC